UCGCCUCCCUGUGCCAGCGGCUGCGCUCGGCCGUCAAGGUGCGCGCAGUCCCGCUCCGCCGCCCGGACCCUGCUCCACCGCCCGGACCCGCGUGCCGACCCACGCCCGCCCGCCGCCGCGUCAUGGGCCAGAAAACACCACGAGUUUACUCUGUGGAGCUCAAUGGAGCUAAAGACAUCGAGAAAACAGACAAGGGGGAUGGCAAAGAGAAAUACCGGGGCCUGCAGCGUAACUGCUUGGAACCCAGAAAGCAUCACCACAAAGAGGAGCUGAAGAAAGAACUUGAUCUGGAUGACCACAAGCUCAGCAAUAAGGAAUUGGAAGAUAAAUAUUGUUCAAACAUCCUUAUGGGUCUCUCCAGCACCCAAGCUGCUGAGCUCCUGGCGCGGGAUGGGCCCAACGCCCUCUCCCCUCCCAAGGAAACACCAGAGAUCAUCAAGUUCCUGAAGCAGAUGGUGGGGGGGUUCUCCAUCCUUCUGUGGGUGGGAGCCAUCCUUUGCUGGAUCGCAUUUGGGAUUCAGUACUCCAACGACAAGUCCUCGUCUCUAGACAACGUGUACUUGGGCACCGUGCUCGCACUGGUCGUCAUUUUAACGGGGAUCUUUGCAUACUACCAAGAGGCCAAAAGCACCAACAUCAUGGCCAGCUUCAGUAAGAUGAUUCCACAGCAAGCUCUUGUCAUUCGAGAUUCGGAAAAGAAGAUAAUUCCUGCAGAGCAGCUAGUGGUUGGAGACAUAGUGGAGAUUAAAGGAGGGGACCAAAUCCCUGCAGACAUCAGGCUGCUGUCCUCUCAGGGGUGCAAGGUGGACAACUCAUCUCUCACUGGGGAGUCGGAGCCCCAGCCCCGCUCCUGCGAGUUCACCCACGACAACCCCCUGGAGACCAAGAACAUUGGCUUCUACUCCACAACCUGUCUGGAAGGCACAGCAACGGGCAUGGUUAUCAACACGGGGGACCGCACCAUCAUUGGUCAGAUCGCCGCACUGGCCUCAGGCGUCGGAAAUGAGAAGACACCCAUUGCCACUGAGAUCGAGCACUUCGUGCACAUUGUGGCCGGAGUGGCCGUGUCCAUCGGCGUCCUUUUCUUUAUCAUCGCGGUGUCCAUGAAGUACCGUGUCCUGGACUCCAUCAUCUUCCUCAUUGGCAUCAUUGUGGCCAAUGUGCCUGAGGGCCUCUUGGCCACUGUCACUGUGACUCUGUCGCUGACAGCAAAACGGAUGGCCAAGAAGAACUGCCUGGUGAAGAACCUGGAGGCAGUGGAGACGCUCGGUUCCACCUCCAUCAUUUGCUCAGACAAGACGGGGACUCUGACCCAGAACAGAAUGACCGUGGCCCAUCUGUGGUUCGACAGUCAGAUCUUCAUGGCAGACACCAGUGAGGACCAUUCAAAACAAACCUUUGAUCAAAGCUCUGGAACCUGGGCCUCCUUAUCAAAGAUAAUCACAUUGUGUAACCGAGCCGAGUUCAGACCAGGACAGGAAAGUGUCCCCAUCAUGAAGAGAGUUGUGGUUGGAGAUGCCUCCGAAACUGCCCUUUUGAAAUUCUCAGAGGUGGUUUUGGGUGACGUGAUGGAAAUUAGAAAAAGAAACCGCAAAGUAGCAGAAAUUCCUUUUAACUCGACCAACAAAUUCCAGCUCUCCAUACAUGAGACAGACGACCCCAGUGACAAGCGCUUCCUCCUGGUAAUGAAAGGGGCCCCUGAAAAGGUCUUAGAGAAGUGCAGCACCAUCAUGCUCAAUGGUCGGGAGCAGCCUCUGGACGAGAGCAUAGCCAAGGCCUUCCACACCGCGUACAUGGAGCUGGGGGGCCUGGGCGAGCGCGUGCUGGGUUUCUGUCAUCUCUACCUGCCAGCAGACGAGUUUCCAGAAACCUACUCAUUUGAUGUCGACGCCAUGAACUUUCCCACGUCCAACCUCUGUUUCGUUGGGCUGUUGUCAAUGAUUGAUCCUCCUCGAUCCACUGUCCCAGAUGCAGUCACCAAAUGCCGGAGCGCGGGGAUCAAGGUUAUUAUGGUUACAGGCGAUCAUCCAAUCACAGCCAAAGCUAUUGCCAAGAGUGUGGGUAUCAUUUCAGCCAACAGUGAGACGGUGGAAGACAUUGCAAAACGCCUCAACAUCGCUGUGGAACAAGUUAACAAACGGGACGCUAAAGCCGCAGUGGUGACCGGCAUGGAGCUAAAGGACAUGAGUGCGGAACAGCUGGACGAGGUCUUAACCAGCUACCAGGAGAUCGUCUUUGCCCGGACGUCCCCCCAGCAGAAGCUGAUCAUCGUGGAGGGCUGCCAGAGGCAGGAUGCAGUUGUCGCUGUGACGGGGGACGGAGUGAAUGACUCUCCGGCUCUAAAGAAGGCAGACAUUGGGAUUGCCAUGGGGAUAGCGGGAUCGGAUGCCGCCAAAAAUGCAGCUGACAUGGUCUUGCUGGAUGACAACUUCGCAUCCAUAGUCACAGGAGUAGAGGAAGGUCGCCUGAUCUUUGACAACCUCAAGAAGACCAUCGCCUACACCCUGACCAAGAACAUCGCUGAGCUGUGCCCCUUCCUGAUCUACAUCAUCGUUGGGGUACCCCUGCCCAUUGGCACCAUCACGAUCCUAUUCAUCGACUUGGGCACAGACAUUGUUCCCUCCAUUGCCUUGGCUUAUGAGAAAGCUGAAAGUGACAUCAUGAACAGGAAGCCUCGUCACAAGAAGCAGGACCGGCUGGUGAACAAGCCACUCGCCCUGUACUCUUACCUGCACAUCGGCCUCAUGCAGUCCCUGGGAGCUUUCCUUGUGUACUUUACCGUGUAUGCACAGGAGGGCUUCAGACCCAGUACUCUCAUGAACCUCCGGGUGGAAUGGGAGCAGGACUCUGUGAAUGACUUGGAAGACAGCUACGGACAAGAAUGGACACGUUACCAGAGGAAAUACCUAGAAUGGACGGGCUACACGGCUUUCUUUGUGGGCAUCAUGGUCCAGCAAAUAGCAGAUCUGAUCAUCAGGAAAACCCGGAGGAAUUCCAUCUUCCAGCAGGGUCUCUUCAGAAAUAAAGUCAUCUGGGUGGGGAUUGCCUCACAAAUUAUCAUCGCCCUCAUCCUCUCCUGUGGCCUCGGAAGUAUCACAGCCCUGAAUUUCACCAUGCUCCGGCCUCAGUACUGGUUUGUGGCUGUGCCGCACGCCAUUCUCAUCUGGGUGUAUGACGAGAUGCGGAAACUCUUCAUCAGACUUUACCCUGGAAGCUGGUGGGAUAAGAACAUGUAUUAUUAAGACCACCUCACUUCCCAAGCCUCCCGCCAGCAAACUGGGGACUUCCUCUCCAUUGUGUGGCCGCUCGCCCAGACUGACGUCACUGCAGCAGUGUCAUCAGAAUGCACAUGGGAGAAGGAAGAAGACCAUGUGAAAGACACUCCCAGAUGUUUUGUACUUUAGAGCAGAUAUUUAUCUGUGUAUAUAUAAUUUUCAUCUCUAUAUCUAUCUCCUUAUUUUAAAAGAUGUGAAUUUCAAGGUAAUGGUGUAGGGAAGAAUGACGUGUUAUAUGCACAUAAAGCUCACUCGUGUGAAAUAAUCGUGGGUAUUCCAGACAUCUGCUGGGGUCUCCCUGCUCCAUAAGCCCUAGAUAGGAAUGUUCUGACCUCAUUCACCCUGUUAAAAGUCCAACGACCUCCCAAAGAUUUCUGUGAAUUCCCCGAGAACUUACAUUUUCAUAGUUACUUUGCUCAGAAAAGGCUGGUUCGGCUGACAGUUUGCAAGAGAUGGAAGUGACAUCACAGCAACAUGGCCAACCUCAGUUUUGACUCUGAGAUCCUUCUUAAAGGUCCUCAGCUACCUGGCUAUACUCCUCACGCAUCCUUUGUGCCCUCCCUCUUCCAGGGGGACUCCCUCCCUCCCACAUUGCCUUCCACCCACACCACCAACUCCUCCAAAAGGGAUCUCCAAGUCCAUCUUGGAUGUCCUGCUCCAGUUGCUCCCCUGACCCAAAGAGGUUUUCAUCUCCUAGGAUGCAACCUCAGUAGAGAACUGUUGUGGUUUAAAGCAGUAAUACUUAUUUCUUGUCAAAUACUCACAAAGCACUCUCCAGAACUCAUUUUACGUCCAUCAUGUUUCCUGCCUUGACUUAGGUUGGUUCAUGUGUGACACACACACGUUGAUAGCCCCAGAGAGGCCUCAUUUUUAAGUAAAAGGUGUUUUAUAAAACCAGGUCUCGUGGUGUUCUAAUUAAUUUGAGGUUUUCUAGAGUGUAAAGCGUAGGUCACACACAUGCACACAAAUGAGAUGUGAUUUCAAUUUUUUUGUUUCCUUUAGUAAUUUUACUUUUCUAUGGAUCGUCUGAAAAUAGAGGAUUUUCCUUCUGAACUCUGCCCUCACCAGCAUCCCCGCCCUGUACACCACCGGGUCUCUGAUGGGACCACACUUUUAAGUCGGGAUUUCUAUGGGAGGAUACAGCUUUUAUCAGCAGCACCCUAGGGAGACUAGUGUUCACAGCCUUUCCAUCCACAACACUCCAGCACAAACUGAAUGGACCGAGCUUGAAAAUUACAUUUGGUUAACCAUUUUCCAUUUAGACACAAACAUUCUGCUGCUGACGGAUGGAGGGCAAUAUCUCCAAACAGGAAAUGGAGGACUUAGAGCCACGGUUCUCUACCUUCUUCUUAGGGAUCACAUUUAGAAGUAUGACAAAAGCCAGGGGUGCAGCAUUGUAACUGUAAAUAGAUAAUGUGCAGUGUAUAUUGUAUGUGUAUAUUUCAGUUUUAAAAAUGCUGCUAUCCUCGUGGUUUUUUAUCUCUAUUUUCAGCCACAAUUAUCACAGUUAUCCCUGGACUAAUCUCGUCUCAGUAGUUCCAGUGAACUGGAAACCCUCCCCGGCAGCAUCACCAUGGCCUCAUUCCAGCCUCAACAAGGCUGGAAUUCCCUCUAAACUUCGACUAGAACGGAUCUGUGCUCACCCUUUUUCCUGCCAGGCUGUCUGAGUGUUCCUGGCCGUGGCUCCUGGCUGUGACGGUGAAAGGCUCUUGGUCCUGCCAGAGCCAGGCAGAGGAGACUGUAAAUACAGCACAAAACUGCCAGGGGUUUCACCUGGGAUUGGAUUCAGGUUGAAAGGAGUUAAAUUUGAAAUGGAAGUCUCUUCACAGCAGGAAGCUCGUCUGCAGAAACUUUCAUACUGUACAUACCUGCUCUUGCAAAAAGCAGACACUCAAAUGUUUGUAAAAAUGAACAAAUGACUAAGGAAUCCCAGAAAUGAGAUGUGCAUACCACGUCGCUUCAUUAGGUUGUAAACAGCAAAAGGCAAUCAAGUCCCACAUCAGAGGUGUUUUUUUGGAGGGACUACUUCAGGGACCCACUAAGGCCUAGAUACUUUUUAGAAGAAUAACAAGAGUUAAUUUAAAUCUAAUUGGUGUGGCAGAGUAACUCAGAGAGAAAGAUGAGGCUGGAUUUACAGAGUCUUUUGUUGUUGAAACAACCUAUGUUUUAUUCCGAUUAUAAAAUUGCACAUUAUUUAAUAAAAUUUGGAAUUUUGAAGGG